UGCAGGCAGCCGGAAGUGACACAGCCCGGCCAGCGAUGGAGAGCGCCCUGACGGCCCGGGACCGGGUGGGAGUCCAGGACUUCGUCCUGCUCGAGAACUUCACCAGCGAGGCCGCUUUUAUCGAAAACCUGCGCAAACGGUUCAAGGAAAACCUCAUCUAUACCUACAUUGGCUCCGUCCUGGUCUCGGUAAACCCAUACAAGGAGCUGGAAAUCUACAGCAAGCAGCACAUGGACCGUUACCGUGGCGUCAGCUUCUACGAAGUCUCUCCUCACCUCUACGCCAUCGCGGACAACGCCUACCGCUCGCUGCGCACCGAGCGGAAGGACCAGUGCAUCCUCAUCUCCGGGGAAAGCGGGGCUGGCAAGACAGAGGCCACCAAGAAGGUGCUGCAGUACUACGCCAUCACCUGCCCAGCCAGCGAGCAAGUGCAGGCCAUCAAGGACAGGCUGCUGCAGUCCAACCCCGUCUUGGAGGCUUUCGGAAAUGCCAAAACGUUGCGCAAUGACAAUUCCAGCCGCUUUGGGAAAUACAUGGAUGUCCAGUUUGAUUAUAAGGGGGCUCCCAUCGGCGGCCACAUCCUGAACUACCUCCUUGAGAAGUCCCGGGUCGUGCACCAGAAUCAUGGGGAGAGGAACUUCCAUAUAUUCUACCAGCUGCUGGAGGGAGCGGAGGAUGACCUGCUCCGCCGGCUGGGGCUCGAGAAGAGCCCGCACCAGUACCAUUUCCUGGUGAAGGGUCAGUGUGCCAAGGUCAGCUCCAUCAGCGACAAGAGCGACUGGAAGGUGGUGCGCAAGGCCCUGUCGGUCAUCAACUUUCGAGAUGAGGAGGUGGAGGACCUGCUGAGCAUCGUGGCCAGUGUCCUGCACCUGGGGAACGUGCAGUUUGCGGCUGACGACGAGGGCCGGGCGCAGGUGACCACGGAGAACCAGAUCAAGUACCUGGCCCGGCUCCUGCAAGUGGAAGGUUCGCUGCUGCGGGAGGCUCUGACCCACAAGGAGAUCAUCGCCAAGGGCGAGAAGCUGAUCAGCCCCCUCAACCUCGAGCAAGCGUCCUACGCGCGGGAUGCCCUGGCCAAGGCGGUGUACGGGCGCACCUUCUCCUGGCUGGUGAGCAAGAUCAACAAGUCUCUGGAGUACCAGGAGACGGAGCGCAUGGGCUGGAGGAAGAGCUCGACCGUGCUGGGCCUGCUGGACAUAUACGGCUUUGAGGUCUUCCAGCACAACAGCUUCGAGCAGUUUUGCAUCAAUUACUGCAACGAGAAACUGCAGCAGCUGUUCAUUGAGCUCACCCUGAAGUCGGAGCAGGAGGAGUACGAGGCUGAGGGCAUCGCGUGGGAGCCGGUCCAGUAUUUUAAUAACAAAAUCAUCUGUGACUUGGUGGAAGAGAAAUUCAAAGGCAUCAUUUCAAUUUUGGAUGAGGAGUGCUUGCGACCCGGAGAUGCCACGGACAUGACGUUCCUGGAGAAGCUGGAGGAGACCGUCAGGAAGCACCCCCACUUCCUCACGCACAAACUGGCCGAUGCCAAGACCCGCAAAUCCUUGGGCCGGGAAGAAUUCCGCCUCUUGCACUACGCCGGGGACGUCACCUACAGUGUGACAGGCUUCCUGGACAAGAACAACGACCUUCUGUUUCGGAAUCUCAAAGAGGCCAUGUGUGACUCGGAGAACCCCAUCAUCAGCCAGUGCUUUGAGCGGGCGGAGCUGACCGACAAGAAGAGGCCAGAGACGGCAGUGACACAGUUCAAGAACAGCCUCUCCAAGCUGAUGGAGAUCCUGAUGUCCAAGGAGCCCUCCUACAUCCGCUGCAUCAAGCCCAACGACGCCAAGCAGGCCGGCCGGUUUGAAGAAGUUUUGAUCCGGCAUCAAGUUAAGUACUUGGGCUUGAUGGAGAACCUGCGAGUGCGGAGGGCAGGUUUUGCCUACCGGCGGAAAUACGAAGUCUUCCUGCAGAGGUACAAGUCGCUGUGCCCCGGAACGUGGCCCACCUGGGAUGGGAGGCCCCAGGACGGCGUGGCGGUGCUCCUGAAGCACCUGAGCUACAAGCCGGAGGAGUACAAGAUGGGCAGGACGAAAAUAUUCAUUCGCUUCCCCAAGACUCUGUUUGCGACGGAAGAUGCCUUGGAAGUCCGCAAGCAGAGCCUGGCCACCAAGAUCCAGGCAGCCUGGAGAGGGUUCUAUCGGAGGAAGAAGUUCCAGCAGAUGAAGCGCUCAGCCAUCACCAUCCAGGCGUGGUGGCGGGGAACGCUGGGCCGCCGCAGGGCCGCCAAGAGGAAGUGGGCCGCGCAGACCAUCCGACGGUUCAUCAAGGGCUUCAUUUACCGGAAUUACUCCCGCUGUCCCGAGAACGAGUAUUUCCUCGACUACAUCCGCUAUGCCUUCCUGAUGAACCUGAAGCGCAACCUGCCCAAAAAUGUGCUGGACAAGUCCUGGCCGGUGGCGCCCCCCUCCCUCAGAGAGGCUUCCCAGCUGCUGAGAACGCUCUGCAUGCAGAACAUGGUCUGGAGCUACUGCAAGAGAAUCAGCCCGGAAUGGAAGCAGCAGCUGGAGCAGAAAGUGGUGGCCAGUGAGAUCUUUAAGGAUAAGAAGGACAACUACCCGCAGAGUGUCCCUCGGCUCUUCCUAAAUACCCGGCUUGGUAAUGAAGAGAUCAGUGCCAAAAUCCUGCAGGUGCUUGGAGAUGAGGCGCUCAAGUAUGCAGUCCCCGUGACCAAGUACGACCGGAAAGGCUACAAGGCCCGAGCCCGGCAGCUGCUGCUCACCCAGAACGCCGUCGUGCUGGUCGAGGAGUCCAAGCUCAAGCAGCGCAUCGACUACGCCAACUUGACAGGUAUGUCGGCAAGCAGCCUGAGCGACAGCCUCUUCGUGCUUCACGUGCUCCGGCAGGACAACAAGCAGAAGGGGGAUGUUGUACUCCAGAGUGACUUUGUCAUUGAAACCCUGACCAAAAUCGCCAUCAGUGCCAACAAAGUGAAUAGUGUGAAUAUCAACCAGGGCAGCAUCAAGUUCACCGUCGGCCAAGGCAAAGAGGGCAUCAUCGACUUCACGUCAGGAUCCGAACUGCUGAUAGCCAAAGCCAAGAAUGGCCAUCUCGCGGUAGUGGCUCCCCGUUUGAAUUCCCGAUGACAAGAGUUGCCCCUUGCAAGGGAACUUUUCCUCCUCCGUUUGACUGCGUUCUAUGCCUUUGGUCGGACAUUUUCCCUGCCAGCCUUUUGUGGGUGGGGACUGCUUUGCAGCUAUCCUUUCUAGCUACCAAAGACCUGCACAUCCAAAGAAUUGUUUUAAUUGUGUCCUUUGGUUUCCAUCAGACCAAAGAUCUUUCCCUGGCACAAGUGGCUGCUGACCAACACUGGACACUCUGCAGCUCCAGUGCAAAACUUGUCUGGCCAUAAAACAGCAGCUGCAAGAGGGGGAGGGGAUUCUCCACACUUUCAACCGAUUGCCAAAUUUUCUACAAAUAUUUUAUGAAAACAUUUUUUAGAUUUCGAUGCUUUGUAUCAAGACUUAAAAAGCCAUAAUGUAUAAAUGAGUGAAAUUCUGUAAAUAUAUCCUAACACAUAUGGGAUGCUUGCACUAUGGAAGUGGUUUCUGAGUGGAAAAGCUGUGAUCAUGAUCCAACUGUUGCCCCCAUCUUGUGCUCCCAGCCUGGAUCCUCGGGUCUGCAUGAGGGCGAUCAGUGUAGUUCAGUGGGAAACCACCUGUGCGAACUUUCUUCCUUACACAAACUGUCUUGUAUCUCCGUCUUCCUUGCCUUAAAGCCUUACUACAGCUGCUGCUUCUCCCGUUUCCAGAGGGGUGUAGGAAUGGUUUUCACAAUGCAUGGAAGUGAAAUUGGGAGCUAAAAAGCGCCUUCCCAAAGCGUAGUUUCAGGAAGAGACAGACUUUUAAUUCAGUCACCCUGUUUUUUGGGAGUUGCAAGUAUUUUGGGCCCUCUUAAAAGCUAGUAGCGAAGAGCUGGGACUUUUGUGAACAUGGUAGUUAUGGUUCUCUUUGCCAGUGGUUUUAUUUCUAAAUAGUUAACCCAACUAUUCAGAUAUGAGAAACACAUACUGAAACAAGCUUUUUUCCAGUUCUCAAUUACUCUGUGUGCAUCGAUGGUCCAAAAAUUUUUUUUAAGCGCAGAGGCUAGAAAUAAUGCUGCUUCUGCUGCCAUAUCUACCCAGCCGAAGAUGUUCCCCCAAGGGAAGUAUGUAAUGUUCAGUACCAGUACAGAUCGGAUCUGUUCAACAGCCUCCCCACCCCCACAUGGCCUGCAGAUGCAGAACGUAUUCUGUUCCCCUGCCAGUGGUCACAGCUGCAUCAGGCCUGGAAUGCUGCCUAUUCUAUAGUGUAUAUAAGAUUUAAUGCUGUGUGCACUAUGCUAUAUAAAUCAAGGUAUACAAGCCAAAUAAAUUUUUACUAAAUUUUU